GGAAGCAACUACUACGGUGGAGGGUUGCAGCUACGUAAUUUUGAUGUUCGGGGGAUAGAUCGGGACUAAAAUUUAAAGCUCCGAUGCUUUAUCUCAAUUGAGAAGACAGCUUAGAACUCAAUCUAACUAUCGACAUUUUGUACUAUUAAUGGUUUUAUACAAAUUAGACAUUUGUAAAUUCAUGAUGGGUCGAUAAUAUUUGUUCUUCCAUGGUCUUUAAAAUGAGACAAAUUGUGCUAAAGACAGCCCAGAGUGGGCUGAGAAGUCUACCACGAUCUCACAAACCACAAAUUUUAAAGCAAAGCUAUAGGAGCUUCAUAGCCACACCAGCAUACAGGGAGGAAAGAAAAUGGUCAACACCUUUAGCAAAACAAUUGACUGAAGCUAUAAACACAACUGGACCUAUUCCCCUAGCAAGCUUUAUGCGCAUGUGCCUUACAUCGGACAUUGGCGGAUACUACACGGGGGCUAUAGAAAAAGAUCGUGAUCAGUUUGGACAAAAAGGCGAUUUCAUUACCUCACCAGAGAUAUCACAGAUCUUCGGCGAACUUGUCGGUAUCUGGUUCGUAGCAGAAUGGAUGUCUCAAGGUCGACCGAAAAGGGGCGUAGAGCUCAUUGAAGUUGGACCUGGCCGGGGAACACUCAUGGAUGAUAUGCUGCGAACGAUGAAGAACUUCAAAGAAAUGGCAUCCAGCAUAGAAACCAUUUAUUUGGUGGAAGCUAGUAAAGAGUUACGAACUACGCAGAAGAAUUUACUCUGUGGUGAAGACGCUGUGACGACGGAGUCUAAAAUAGGGUGGCAUAGUACAUCUAAAUACUCCGGGCUGCCUAUUGUAUGGACCGACAGUAUCAAGGCCAUCCCGCAGGACCCCAACAGAACCCCUUUUAUCGUGGCCCAUGAAUUUUUUGACGCACUACCUAUCCACGCUUUUCAGGUGGUUGACGUACCACCAAAUCAGCCACCACCGUCAUCCCCACCCCCAAAUUCGUCGACCAGAACUACUAGCACUUCUCCAACACGGCAAUGGCGGGAAAUGGUUGUCUCGCCUACUCCCAAAGGCACUACACACGAUGACCUGCGAACACCGAAAUCACAACAACACGAGCCCGUCCCCGAAUUCCAACUAACUCUCAGCCCAUCCGUAACACGACACGCACAAUACCUCCCCGAAUCCUCUCCUCGCUACCAAGCCCUGAAAUCCACCCCAGGCGCACUUAUCGAAAUAUGUCCCGACGCCUCACUCUACGCCUCCGACUUCGCCGUACGCAUCGGGGGUCCUAACCCUCCAUCCUCAACUCCCACCACCUCCUCCAAAUCCGGAAUAUCCCCUCCUCUUCCCCAGACACCUCCCAAACCCAACCCCUCAGGCGCAGCCCUAAUCCUCGACUACGGCCCCUCAUCUACAAUCCCAUCCAACUCCCUCCGCGGAAUCCACCACCACCGACAUGUCUCCCCCUUCUCAGCCCCAGGUCUCGUCGAUCUAAGCGCAGACGUGGAUUUCGGCGCCCUAGCCGAAGCCGCUGCUCUAGCAAGCCCAGGUGUCGAGAUCCAUGGACCUGUAGACCAAGCUUUUUUCUUGGAAUCUAUGGGUGUGAAGCAGCGCGCUGAUAUGUUGGCUAAGAAACUGUUAACUGCUGGAGCUGGGGGAGAAGAUGGGGAAGAGAAGAAAAAGAAAGUCGAGGAGUUAGAGCGCUCGUGGAAACGUCUUGUUGAUCGGGGGCCGGGGGGUAUGGGGAAAGUGUAUAAAGUCCUGGCUAUUUUGCCUGAGAACGGGGGUAGGAGGAGACCGGUUGGGUUUGGUGGGGAUGUGAGUGCUUGAUUGAAUGAUUUAAAUCUUUUGAUAUAUAUGAAAUCAUUAGGUAGACCAUGGCAUUCAACUCAUCCACUUCACAAAAUCUACCACAUAUAACCAAGAUGUAUACCAUUAGACUCAACAUCUCAAUACCGAUCAAGAAUACAGUUACAAAUAUCUCUUUUUCGUACCCUUUACUACCUCGUAAUAAUGCACCGCGAGAAGCAGGCCUA